UGAUGAGAAAAUAAAAAUACGUAAAAUAACAAAAUUUAGAAUGAAUUACCUUCACAAAAGGCAUCAUUAGAAAAACAGAGGAAGCAGAGCCAAAGUUCCCAAUAUAAAACAAAAGCACAGAGAGAAGAGAGAUAAGAAAUCGGAGAUGAUGGAACAGAAGAAAGUGGCUAUAAUCGGAGCCGGAGUAAGCGGAUUAGCGGCCUGCAAAUUCACUUUAUCCAAAGGAUUGAUUCCGAUGGUGUUUGAAGCCAGAGGCGACAUUGGCGGCGUUUGGACGGAGACGCUGGAGACGACGGCGCUGCAGACGCCCAAAGAGAUGUUCCAGUUCUCUGAUUUUCCUUGGCCGAAAUCGGUGACGGAAGAAUUUCCGAGGUAUGAUCAAGUUCUGGAUUACCUCAGAUCAUACGCCCAACAUUUUGGAUUGUUGAAUCACAUAAGAUUCAACUCCAGAAUUGUUGGUAUCGACUAUGAAGGCUGCUCAGAUGAGGAGAUGAAAGGGUGGACUCUUUGGGGAGGCUCCGGCGAAGCCUUCGAUGAACGGCGUAAAUGGAGGCUAAAUGUGGUUGAUGCUCGGACUAAUAUUCCUCUCCAGGCGAUCGUGGUGGACUUCGUAGUGCUUUGCACCGGAAGAUUUUGUGACAUUCCAAAUAUCCCUGAAUUCCCUCCAAAUGAAGGUCCCGAAGCUUUCAAAGCUGGUCAAGUUCUUCACUCUCUCCAAUAUUCCGCCAUGGAUUUCCACACUGCUUCCAACCUCAUCAAGGACAAACGAGUCACCGUCGUCGGUUUCCAAAAGUCAGCCCUCGACCUCGCCAUGGAAUGCGCCAAUGCCAAUGGCCCCAACAAACCUUGUACUGUGCUUUACAAAACCGAGCAUUGGAACCUUCCCAAUCAUCAUCCCUGGGGGAUCCCUCUGUCUCUUCUCUACAUGAAUCGCUUUGCCGAGCUUCUGAUUCACAAACCUGGCGAGGGCUUCUUUCUCUAUCUCCUCGCCGUCCUUCUUUCCCCAAUUAGAUGGUUGUUCUCGAAGAUCGUAGAAACCUACGUGAUAAGGAAGAAUAGACUGGCAAAAUACGGAAUGGUGCCGAGCCAUAGCUUUCUGCAGAGCAUCAGUGCUUGUGUUAUUGCUACAUUGCCUGAGAAGUUCUAUGACAAAGUGGAUGAAGGAAGCAUUAUUUUGAAGAAAUCGCAGAGUUUCAGUUUUUGCGAAGAGGGUAUCAUGAUCGAAGGAGAAACUGAACCAAUUUGCUCAGAUUUGGUCAUUUUGGCAACUGGAUACAGAGGCGAUCAAAAGCUUAAACAAAUCUUUACUUCCUCUACCCUUCGAGAUUACAUGACGUUUCACAAUUCGACGAUUUCCUUGUACAGAUUAUGCGUUCAUCCCAGAAUCCCACAGCUAGCUGUGGUUGGAUUUACAGAGAGCUCUUCAAACUUGUUCACCUCAGAGAUGCGAUGUCGAUGGUUGGCAGAGUUUAUGGAUGGCACAUUCAAGCUACCGAGCAUCAAAGAGAUGGAGAAUGACAUAGCCAAAUGGGAGAAGACCUUUAAGCAUUACUCAGGGCCAUUCGUCAAGCGAGCUUGUAUUGCCAUUUUGCAUAUUUGGUAUUGCGAUCAACUGUGCAAAGACAUAGGGUGGAACCCCAGAAGGAAAAAGGGCUUCUUUGCUGACUUGUUUCUACCUUAUGGCCCUUUAGACUAUGUCUCCCCUUGAAGAUUAGAAAAUUAUUUAAAUUGUCAUCUCUACCAUAUCCAAUAAAAGUCUGUCAUUGUCAUUACCCCAAAAAAAUCAAUGCGACUUUAAUACCACCAUUUGGUGCUUCUGGUUUCUAAA